AUGCGCAUUGUGAGUGACCGCGAUCUUGACACGCUGGACAACAUUCCAGGGGACUUUGGCCGUCGUAUUGAGACACAAACUAAUCUGGCUGCUGGUGAUUUAGUUCUUAAAUCUUCGGCAAGUGCCAUUGUGCUUUCGCCCGAAUUUUGGAGCUCUCGUUGUCACAAGUGCUUCGCUUCAGACGUUCGUCUUAGCUUCUGUGGUCGCUGUCGCACGGCUUUCUACUGUUCUAAGAGUUGCCAACAAGCAGACUGGGUGCGGGAUCAUCGCAAGGAAUGUAAACGUCUAGCACAGUUGAUGCAGCUUGGACUAAGAAGCGAUCAGGUGGCACAAGUGCUUCUCUUAGGACGCGUUUUGAGGUGUAAUAUGAGUGAAGGAGUGCUGCCAUCGGAACUUGUAUGGUAUGAAGAAGACAUGGACGACCACGAAUUGCUUUUACUAGCAGCAUUAACACAAAAGAUUAAUUUAGUGGAUGACUCGUUUUCGAUGGAUGAAAUGGUGCGCAUGUUUAGUCGGUUCCGCAAUAACAAUUUCUCCAUUUGCGAUGAUUUAUUACUGGAAGUUGGUGUCGGCUGUUACCCACUCGCGGCAAUGAUUAAUCAUAGCUGUGAUCCAAACUGUGUUGUCACAUUUGAUUCCAAGACGCUUGAAUUAGAAGUUCGAGCAAUGAAGUUUAUUCAGUCUGGCGAGGAGAUUACACAGACUUACGUCGAUGUUGCGCUGCCACGGCGCGAAAGACACCAGCGUCUGCAAAAAAAGUAUCAUUUUACUUGCCGAUGUCCGCGCUGCACGCUCCAGCUUCAGGAGGCUGGAAGCCUCGAUGCUUUUCUCGAUGCUGAUAUUAAUGGCAUUCCGCAGGAUGGAUGGACAAAGCAACGCCAAAAAGAGGUUGAGCAGGCACUUCAAGAAGUCAGCGAUGCCACUAAUGGUGUUGGUAUCGAUACAGACGUCGCUACACAACAGCAACAAUGUAUUAAUGCUCUGAAGCAGCUGGCAGAACGGCAAAGUACGCUCCUUCAUCGAAAUAAUACUGCGCGAUUGCAGACCCUUUCAGCGCUUUUUAGUGCUCAUAUGGAACGGGGAAGCUUCGAGGAAGCCAUUGGAUACGGAGAACGUAUACUGAAAUUUUAUCGACGUGUCUAUAAUUCGAACCAUCCAAUGACGGGACUUCACUUGUUUACUUUGGGUGAUCUGUAUGGCCAACAAGUACAGUUGGGAAUGAGAACAGCUGAAAGUAAGACGAAAGGAGCGGCGUAUUUGGCAGAAGCACAGCGUAUCUUGUGUAUCACACAUGGCAAAAAUCAUCGAUUUGUGAAAAUGCUUGCAGAUCGAUUGAAGAAUUUGUCGCCGUGA